AUGAGCGCGAUCUCGCAGGACAUGUUCUAUGAGUUUGCUAGAAUGCAGGACGCCAGACGCGAUACCGCAGAUGUGUGUGCAAGGCUCCUCGAUUGGUGGGAUGACCCGGCACCGACCGCUCCAGCGGAGCAGCACCGCGGUCGCAAAAGGCAAAUCCCACAUGCAGAUGGAAAUUUCGCUACGUUUGUGUAUAUCCCUGUGCCGCGACGAAAGGUCACUCAUCGACUCGACGCAGCUCGUGCGUCUCUCCGUCAGCUUUGUCGUUUGAAGUGGAAUCUCCGACGGCCCGAAGAAGUCGGAGACCAAGGUCAUCUCGCCUGUGUGGGUAUUCACGAAAGGUCAAACACACAGCCUCCUCUUUCAGCUACACAGAAUGUAGCGAAAACGUCUACAGAAGAGAACAGCAAAACCGGGGUUCUGCACACGUCAGGUGGCCGAUCUGUACAGGAGUCCGUCAACGUUCAAGAACCGUCGCCUAAUCAUUUAGUCACAGAUUCAUCGCCGGCGUUUCGACGUGACAUUCACGGGAAGAAGCCAAAGAUACACAGACAGCUUCAACUGCAUACCACAAAAGAAGUGGUUGAUAUCGCGGAUCUGCAUUUAAGCCUGAGCCGGACGUUCAUGCUCCAGUACCACUUGAUUGAGCCUUUCCUCGCUCAAAUAACCACACAUCUGAGGCAAUUCAAAUGCUUCACCGUGGAACUACAAACGGAACUGGAUAUCUUCAGUAAUGCGGAUCAUUCUUGCUUUUUCGCCGCUCUUACGGCAUCGCCUACUUCUGCGAACCACCUGGUGUCUCCGGUGGUAAAAUGUGUCGACGAGAUUGUGACCCGUUUUGGAGGAGAGCCGUUUUCUUUUCGUCCUUUCCGUCCUCAUGUCUCUUUGGCUUGGACGGCAGAGGACAUCCGCCCCGCACUCCGCAUUACAUCCCGAGCGUCAGCUCACGAAGCGCGGCGAACCACACAGCGCUUGUCAUCCUCUGGCGACGAUGACGACACAGCUGAGGACGGUGAUGAGUGCCAGCUUUGCUGGCCACAGAUAGAAAAUGCCCUGCAGCAGUUUCGGGAUACCCAAACAGGAUCGCAGGUCGCACUAAACUGUCCGGAAACCGAAGCUGAGGAGGAGCCCCAGGUUGAGGCGGGUGCUACGGUGGAAGCACCCAGUCCUGCCCGGAUUUGGAUCGAAGUUCAGAAGGUGUGCGUAUCGGUUGGCAACAGAAUCAGCUCAAUCACCCUACAAGGGGGAGUGUCUGACUCUGACAGCUCAAGCGGCACUAGCGACACGGAGGGAAUGUAA